AUGUUGGACCCUGAUGUGAACAUUGGCAACCUAGAUGUUGACAGGCAUUUCACUGCAAAGGACAAAGAGCUAUUCGACGCAGUAAGAGCUUGUGACACAUUUGAAGGUGCUUUGUGUGAUGUAAUUGUUGACCAUGGAUACACUGGCAUCAUUGAUCAUGACCACAAAGAGGAUGUCAUUGGAACAAUGCAACUAAGCAUUAUGACCAAGCGUUUGCUGUACAUGAAAGAAUUUUGUGAAGGUCUGAAGCUGUAUGGUGCAUAUGAUGUCAUUAGGGGCAAUGCUUCUUUAUGCAAGCCUCUUUUUGUGAAAGGUUCAAAUCAGGUGGUAGAUGCCAAUUAUGUCUUUUCGCUUGUCAAUCCAAGCUACUCGGAACAGGGCUCGUCAAAACGACCACUUGAAGAGGCAGUCAUUGACAACCUACAAGAUUUUCUGAUGUCAUUGGAAGAUGAACAAAUAACUGGCUAUUCCGAGCCAGUAGCAUGGAAGGACUUCAAUGACACGAACACUGAAAGUAGCGAAGUGGAGCGAUUUCAGUCCAUGGACACCACACCAUCUGGUGUAUUGGGGUGGCUGACAGGCCAAAAGCACCGCCCCUUAAAUGGAGAGCCGCUGAAUGUCACUGCCCUCUUCGACCAUGAUUGCUUCACAAGAAAUCCUAAUCACACAAUCUGCUUUCCCCGUGUGGCAGCCUGCAGCAAGGAAAUCACAUUUCCAGUCUCCCACAUGAAAACCCCAGAACAGUUUAAACAUGUCUUACUACUUGCCAUGUGCAAAGGAAAUGCAUUUGGAAAUGCAUAG